AGAGAGAGAGAGAGAAAGAGAGAGAGGGGUAUUCAGUCCUGUUUUAAUGGGAAUCCAGGAGGCACACAGGAAAGGGGGACGCAGAAACUGAGAAGGACAGAGAGAGAGAGAGAGAGAGAAAUAAAGAGAGAAAGAGAGAAAGAGAGAAGGCAAAUAAAAGUGGAGACAGGUUUAUUUUACGCACGGAGGGGGGGUGGGAGAGAAAACCGAGGAAGAGGAGGGUGAAGGAGCGCUGGAUUUGUUUUCCUCAGAAUGUGUCUCCUCUCACUCUCAUGACUCCGGGAGGAUUCCAGCUGAACGCAGCCGCUCCGGAGGAAUUGAUGGUGUCUGCUCGGGGACGCGGAGCCGACGGGAGGAAUCUGACCGCGCUCGGCUGAACCAUGCCAACCCUGUGGAUCCUAACUUUGGCGAUCACCCUGAGCCGAGUGUGGUGCGUUCGCUUCUCCCAGGAGCCUGCGGACCAGUCGGUGGUGCUGGGAGAACGGGUGGUGCUGUCCUGCCUGGUCUUCAACUACAGCGGCAUCGUCCAGUGGACCAAGGACGGCCUGGCCCUGGGCAUCGGCGAGGGUCUGCGAGCCUGGCCCAGGUACCGUGUGCUGCGGGCUCUGGACAUCGGCCAGUACAACUUGGAGAUCUCCAACGCCGGGCUGUCCGAUGACUCCCUGUACGAGUGUCAGGCCACGGAGGCCGCGCUGCGCUCCAGGAGGGCGAAGCUCAACGUGCUCAUCCCCCCCGAGGACCCGGUGGUGGACGGAUCCCCGGAGCUCCUGCUGAUGGCUGGGACUCCGUUCAACCUGACCUGUGUGACCCGCGGGGCCAAGCCUGCAGCGCACAUCCAGUGGACCAAGGAUGGAGUCGCUGUGGAGGGAGCCCACCAGUCCACGGAGGUGCUGCCGGACAGGAAGAGGGUGACGACCAGGAGCUACCUGCCCCUCAUGCCAGUCGACACUGACAGCGGCAGCAACUUCACCUGCGUGGCCAGCAACCCGGCAGUGCCCAUGGGCAAACGAGCCACCGUCGCCCUUAACGUCCACCAUCCACCCACAGUGACGCUGUCCAUCGAGCCCCGCUCCGUCCUGGAGGGGGAGAGAGUCAUCUUCACCUGCCAGGCCACCGCCAACCCCCCCAUCAUGGGCUUCAGGUGGGCUAAAGGUGGCGUGCUGCUGGAGGGCGCCCGGGAGAGUGUGUUUGUCACCACAGCCGAUCACUCCUUCUUCACCGAGCCCGUGUCCUGUCAGGUGUUCAACGCCGUGGGAAGCACCAACGUCAGCAUCCUGGUGGACGUGCACUUCGGCCCAAUUCUGGUGGUGGAGCCGCGGCCGGUGACGGUGGACGUGGACUCUGACGUGACCCUGAACUGUAAGUGGUCUGGAAACCCUCCUCUCACCCUCACCUGGACCAAGAAGGGCUCCAGCAUGGUGCUCAGCAACAACAACCAGCUGUAUCUGAAGUCCGUGAGCCAGACGGAUGCAGGUCAAUACGUCUGCAAGGCCAUCGUGCCCCGGAUCGGAGUGGGAGAGACGGAGGUGACGCUCACCGUCAACGGUCCCCCCAUCAUCUCCAGUGAACCGGUGCAGUACUCUGUCAGAGGCGAGAGAGGAGAGAUCAAGUGCUACAUCGCCAGCACCCCGCCGCCCGAUAAGAUCGUCUGGGCGUGGAAGGAGAACGUGUGGGAGAAGGAGAAGGGCACCCUGAUGGAGCGGUACACGGUGGAGCAGAGUAAACCUCCGUCGCAGGGCGGCGCUGUUCUCUCCACGCUCACCAUCAACAACGUCAUGGAGUCGGACUUUCACUCGCCGUACAACUGCACCGCCUGGAACGCGUUCGGACCCGGGACCAUGAUCAUCACCCUGGAGGAGAAGGAUAUUGUUCCAGUGGGAAUUAUCGCCGGUGGUACUGUGUGCUCCUCCAUUCUGCUGCUUAUGUUUCUACUGGCACUCGCCUUCUUCCUCUACCGCCAACGCAAAGGCAGUCGCCGGGGUGUCACCCUGGGUAAACCAGACAUCAAGGUGGAAACAGUCAACAAAGAGACCCACAGCCUGGAGGAGGAGGCGGCCAACGUCUCCACAGCAACCCGGAUGGUCAAGGCCAUGUACUCCUUUCUGCCCUCUGUUUCCCUCUCUCCCUCCACUCAGCCGUUCAAAGACGACAUGGACCUGAAGCAGGAAGUCCGGAGCGAGAGCGACACCCGGGAGGAGUACGAGCUCAAGGAUCCGACCAACGGCUACUACAACGUCCGAGCCACCACCCACGAUGAGGCGCGCCCCCAGUCCCGGGCCAUCCACUACCAGGGAGAGUUCCGACCCCCGAACCCAAACAGUGGGCCAGCCGGUGCCUCGCCCAGCGGACCCUCGGCCGCCCCCGGCGGUGCAGUUCCCCCCAGCGGAGUGCCAGGCUCAAGGACAGGCUGCUAUGACCCCCGCCCGCCUUCCAGGAUGUCCCACGCCACCUACGCCCAGUUCAACACUUUCUCCAGGCCGCCGCCGAGCCAGCAAGCGCCUCCCAAUCCGACUCUUCAAUCGCCCGGAGAUUACCCGGGAGACUGCGGCCUGCUGGAGAGCACAACCCAGCUGGCCUAUGACAACUACGGAUACCCCUCCCAGUAUCCCAGCUACCGCAUGGGCUUUGCCCCUCCCAUAGAGGAAGGGCCAUCCUAUGAGAUGUAUGCAACAGGACAAGGGACCGGGCCAGGACCAGGACCAGGACCAGGGCCAGGACCAGGACCAGGACCAGGACCAGGACCAGGGCCAGGGCCAGGGCCAGGACCAGGACCAGGACCCGGACCGGGACAACAAAGUCCUGAAACAGGGCUGGGGAAUUACGGAAGCUCCACCCGCUUCUCAUACUCAUCUCCACCCUCUGACUAUUCCCAGAGACACACACAGCGGAUGCAGACUCAUGUGUGAGAACACACACACACACGCACACACACACACACACAUACACACUUUUGACUGGCUUUUUACAUCAGCAGCACUUAUACCACAUGAAGAAACUUUGAAACAAAAAAAAAAAAUCACACGUUUCUAACAUUCAAGAAUCUGGUGCAUGGAAGUCAAGUUAAUUUUCAAAAACCUAAAACAACACAACAAUGCACAGCAGCAUCGCAUCAUACACAAUAGGUAGCAGCAAUACAACACGUGCAAAGCGACAGUCACACACAAUUGCGCAGCCCUUCUGUUGCAUGCUUCGACGCGAGCAACAGCCACAAUCAUGAGCAAAGAGAGAUGAAGAGAGGAGCGAGCACUUUGAGGACCGAACAAAAAGAGGAGCAGCGUAAAAAAAAAUAAACAUCUCUUCCUGCGAUCCUCGUUUUUUCCUCCUCUUCGACCGUCUCCCUGCAUCACCUCCCACCCUGUCUCUGUAAAUAAGUGCAACUUCACAUUUGGAAGUCGUUACCUUGUACAAAACCUUAAACAGUGGGAUGCAGCAACCCUCCCUGUAAUCCACACGUUUUGCAUUUCCUGACUUUUGCAAAACACACACACACACACACACACACACACACACACACACACACACACACACACACACACACACACACACACACACACACACACACACACACACACACAGAUCUUUAAAGACUCAUUUGUUUCUAUAUAUUGCAGCAACGGGGCAGCUUGGACUAUAACCACAUCUGGCACUUUGUGAUCCUCUUUCCUCACUAUAACCUACCCAGUGGCCAUUUUUGUACAAGCUCUACCUUGAUUUGAGUGGGACAAAGCUUCCUAAGGCGGUACAGUGAGCGACCAGAGUGCCAAUGCUUAUGUGCCAACACACACAGACUUUUAUCGAGGUGUGUCUCCUUUUUUGUAAAGUGUACGACGAGGCGCUCCGGACGACGAGGUUUUGUAGACGCCACAUCGGAGAGGAGAGGAGAGGUAGCAAGCGUCUCUGUAAACUCCUUCUCCUCCUCAUCUCUCACUUUUAUCAUCAUGAUGCAUUUCUCUACUUCACAUUUCACUCAAGGUCGAUGCCGUAAACUGUAUUUGUGAAGCGAAGUGUGGCAGGAGUGCUUUUUUUUUGUUUUUUGCAUUCGAUAAAUCUCUGCAUUUUGUACAGAAAAGAUACCUCCCCUGUCCUCAAGUGUCAAAAAAAGUAUUUGUUUCUCUCACUUGCACAGUAGUAUAGUUUUUUUUCCAUAUUUAUACCAGAAACGCGUGUGGAAAGAAAUGGCAUUACAUUUUAUAGUAUUUUUAUAAGGAGUUGUGGACCAAAGGUUCAGAGUUAUUGGGUGACACUCGCUUUGUAACGUGGCAACGUGAUCGCUCCUGGAAACGUUUUGAGUUUCUUUAAAAAGAGAUGGAUGGUAUUUUUCAAGCGGAUGUUGUAGAUUUAAAUUAGAAAUAAAAAUUAAGAGAUUCAUUCCAAAAUGGUGAAAUCUCUUCGGCGGAUUUCUCUGUUUGGUGUGAAACUCUUCCUUCGACUUCCGGUCUUGUGACUGGACUGCCUUUUUAUAAACGUCGACGACAUUCAAAGCGAUGGAUGGAGAACAAGCUGCUGCUCACUUUGAGCUGUGCUGCAAACUUUGUAAGCGAUGAGAAGGUUCACGUGUAGUUUAACAUAUCAAGCUGAAGGUACAGAGAAGUCCUAGAGCUCCGAUGGUACUUUGUACAUUUAUCUGUAAGUACGCUGGUUCCCUCACUGCAACCGAAACUUUGGUAUUGUACGUCUGAGCUUUUUAUCCAUUUCGUUGUGUCAGCCUUGGUGUGUGUGUGUGUGUGUGUGUGUGUGUGUGUGUGUGUGUGUGUGUGUGUGUGUGUGUGUGUGUGUGUGUGUGUGUGUGUGACUGCGGCUUUUGACCACACAGCUCGUGAUGAUCUGUGUUUAAAUAUAUAUCUUUUUUUGCUCUAACGUCAAAUGAUGCAGCGAUUAAACAAAUCCAGCAUUCGAGUAAAUCUCCGCUGCACCGUUACCCAAAUGUUUCCCCUUGAAGGAGGAAAUCUCGCUUUGUCUCUAAUCGCACAAGACGGACAAAAGAAGUCGCGUUGCUUUGCUUGCGUUUCCAUUAAUGAAUUAAAACUCUGAGCAGUUUACAAAAGGCUUUUUAAAGGCUGAACAAUGUGGAUUAUUAUCUGCGCAGCGAGUACAACUGCAAAGUUUGAAUAAUCAGCUGAAAGAGGGUUAGGGUUAUGGCUGAUAUAAAACAUUAUAUUAAGUAAGAAUUGCUGAAAACGAAGCCUUACUUUUAAAACAACGGCGUGUUAUAACUUCCUAACAUUGGUUUUCACACAUUUAAUUUGAGCUGUAGAGAUUUUCUUUUCAAGUAUAAACUAAUUUUCUUGUCACAACAGUGCACAAGGAAAUCACUUUUGGCCUGAUUCAUGUAAAAAUUCAGUAUUUCACCUCGACAGGAAAUUAUUCGACUUCUUCUAACUUGCUUAAUAUUUGACUUGCAAUGAGAAUUCUGCUCUGAAAACAUCCAUUCAACACAGCAACUGGUAUUAAAGCAAGAUCAGAGGUGUCACCCCAGGAUGUUGAAGUGGUUCAGCUCUGUAACUGAGAUUAAAUUCAACAUCUUUCAACUCUUUUUCAGUAACACGUGACUUUUUUUAAAACUUCUACUGGCGACCACAUGGAAAUCCCUUCAGCAUUUUGUCUCUACCUUCUCCUGAGGGCACAUCUGCUUUGUCCCACAGACAAAGUGAAGGAGGGAAUUCGACAGGGACUCACCCACUUAGUAUCUGCACCAGGUUUUUCAGCAUUUAAAAUUGAUGGAUGGCGCUUUGCAAAAGAUCAGAGGCCACAAAGGUGAAGCCAGAAAUCUCAGCACCUCCAUCACCUAAUCAUUGAGUCUUAAUACUUAUAAGCCGCCCUAUCAAACCUUCACAGAUACAGUAUAUUAUGGUAAUUUUCUGCAAAAGGGCAGUCAAAUUCAUAUUUAUUGCCCCUAUUUUGAAUAAACACUCUGAGAAAGGAAAUCAUCUCUGAUUAGAAUAUCAGAUAGAACCUUGUAGCUUCAAGGUCACGAUAUAAAACCACUACUGCAGUUAUGGAGAGAAGAAUGGCAGAUGGAGCACCCUUUUAAAUUUAUAUGGUUAUCACAGCCUUGGUACUGCAUACUAUUACCUCUUUACAACCUUUUUACAGAGUUGUAGCGGCGCCGUCGCCUCUUUUGCCUCCGACUCGCAAUGUCGUCAUGACCUUGUGUGGAAAGAGUUUGACACCGAGGAGACGCCGCGGCCGGCAGACACACGACGGGGUCACCCAGGUUCCUCGUCAUUACCUUUUAACCAUUCAUGGUCUGUUGACGGUGCGGAGAUAUGAAUCUAUUAAAUACACCUUCGAUGCCAAAAGUGCUAAAUGGAUGUUUGGAUUUGGUUCUGCGAUGAAAAGAUGAUGGUUAGGAAGGGAAUGUAGAGGUGCCGUCUCCUCCUCUUCCUCACAUGCACCUCUCUUUGCUCUCUGCUCUCUCCUGCGUCACGUUAAUCGCCACCUACCUGCUUCCAAAUUUAGAGGUUGAACCUCUGAAAAGAAUCACAGCAAACCGUCUCUCGCUGCUUUCUUCCAAAUUCCCUCUAAGAGCAAUCCAGCUUGUAUACAUGUGUGUAUGUUGUGGGGGGGUAGAGUAUAUAUAGCUUCACUAACUCAUAACAUCCAUCCUCCGUGUUCAUUAUUUCACGAUCUCCUCUCUUCUUAUGGAAUUCUGUAUUUGAAAACUUAUUUUCUCGGUAUUACCUUGUGGUGUUUCAUCACCGGGGGAAGAAACUUUUAUUCACAGUAUUGUAUUUUAUCUUGGAAGCAUCGGAUGGGGGGGGGUCGGAUAAAAAGAGAGUGGACGUGUGCAUCUGUGGCCGAAAUGACUCAACGCCCAACCAGGCCACAACAAAUAGCUCAAAUCCUGUCUCAACUAGGCCAACCCUGACUAGAACCAGGCCAGACCCACAGCUAACUGCUCUGAUGCAUGCUGUGCUGUGCCGUGCCGUCCCCGGCCAAGAGUGACUCGUGUGGCUCGGUGUCAAUUCUUACCUUUUGGAGUUAUCGGUGCCAAAAGACUGUGCAAAGCAAAAGAAAAUGUACUGAGCAAACAAACAAAUGCAGCAGCCAUAUGUGUUUAUUGAGUGUGUGUGGAUGUGUGUGUGUCUAGUUUUGUGUUUCCUCCCAUGCACAUGCUGUGUAUGCAUCCAUCUGUGAACAUGCAUGUGUGUUGUUGUACAUGUGUUGGCAGCAUGUAACCCCAGUGUGUUUUCAUACCAGUAUUGAUACGUUGGGAUCACUGGUCUGCAGAAACUGGGGUUUGACUGAUGUUUCCGGCCAAAAUCCAACAGAUCAACCAGUCGCCCGGUCGCCUGCUGGUAUGAUGGAGGCUCCUCCUGACCACAGUGACUGAUGAGUAUUCUGAAAUAUAGCGACAUUAGAUUUCCUUUUACAGGUUUCUGUUCGUUCAUUUAAUAGGACAAUCAUCAAAAUGGUAUUCACAAUCAAAUCAGAUUUAAAAUCUCCUGGAUAAUGACGU